AUGACCACCAUGGCAAGCGUUGUUACGACUCGCCGAACCUUUGGAACCCCAUUUUCUAUGCUCAGAUCCUCCCGCUUGGUCUUUAAACAGUAUGCUCAUAAACUUUAUGCGACUUUACAUGUAGGGGCAAAGCACAAGGGAGACACCAUGGACAAGACACCCAGAAUGUAUACUUCGAAGCGCCUCAAAUUCGAUUCCGACGAUUUCAAGAAAGACGUCUCUCAGCUUUGUGCCACACUCAACUCAGGUUAUGAGGAAAAGGUUAUGAAUGCAAUUCUCGAUACUUAUAAGAAGAAUUUCGAGCGCGGAGCUGUGCUCUGGAAAGCUACAAGCAAAGAAGAUGGCGUUGCAUUUCGGUUUUAUGAACGCGAGAGAGUGGACGUCGUCGGGCCGGCAAUAAACCGUGGUCUGAUACCAUGUAGUCAUCCGAUGAUACCUCUUAUCACAUCGUGGGCAGAUUUUAAGGAGAAUGCCAUUGCUUCCUGCGACUUUGAUCCGGCCAAGGGACUCAAUAAGACCUGGAUAUGGCUCSGKGGKCGCUUUUCUCUCGAAGAGCUUCUUGCAGCACCAAAUGUUCCAGACACGCUCCGCUCCCUGGAACCUAAAUUAAAAGAUGCAGGUCUACACACUGUUCGUCAUGCUGCCGUGGACUGGCGCUCGUCAACAGUCAACAUUUACUUCUGGGUCCCGGGACCGAUAGCCUUGACAGCUGUAAAUAGAUUGAUUGCGCUCUCCGGAUCAGAGCCAAUUGACGAGGAGGCACUCGCUGCAAUGAAACCAUUCUUCAAGCCCAAUGGCUUCACUUUCGCAACUACUAUUGACUCAGCUACCGGCCAGUUCAAGCGAGCUGCCUUUUACGCCCUUCGCUUAGAUAGCAACAACCUCCCGGUCAUGGGUGACCGGCUAGCUACUUUCUUUAAGGAAGCCCCAAGCCUCGACAAGAAAGAGAUGAACAUUGUCGCUUGGAGCUUUGCUGGCGGGCCUAGCGGGUCCUCGAACUAUAUCAAGGGCGAGCGCAGCUACGUCGGAGAUCUAGAGCAACUCCUCAACGGCUGGGGUUCUCCUAUAUGA